AAAUGCUAUCCACCACCAUUUUUCUAAAAUUUAAUCUUUUCUUUUCCCUCAAAAGUAGAUAGACAUGUAUGGACUAAAAUUAGAAGAGUAAAAUGGGAAAUAUGGGAAAAUAUGGCGGGCAAGUAGUGGAAAGAAAAACAUUAUCCCCAACCAAAGAAUGAGUUUUUUUUCUGCAGCUUCUUCUUCCCUAAACAAAGCAAGCGAAAAGGCUCAAAUGGAGACAGCUCUUCACAAACACCUCCAAAGCUUCAAUGGAACAAUGCUUUCUGCCAACUCUAAACUCUAUUGGUCGUUUAAAACAGCAAGAGCAGCAAAGCGAGAUUACAAAUUGGGAGAAUCAAUAAUAAAUGUUUCAAAGUGCUUUUUGGGUGCUUCAUCUCGUCUUUGCAGUCUUCCCACUGCUUCUUCCAAACACCAACAACAACAAAUCAAGGUAUACGGAAGUAGAAGAAGAAGGGUAAAUGAAAGUAGUGAUACAUAUGUACUAUUAGAGCCUGGAGAAGAAGAGAAAUUUGUUUCCAAACAAGAAUUGGAAACCAUUUUGAAGGAUUGGCUUGAGAAUUGGCCAACUUCCCUUCCGCCUGAUCUCUCUCGCUUUCAAUGCAUCGAGGAAGCUGUUUCUUUCUUAGUCAAGUCUGUUUGUGAACUUGAAAUUGAUGGAGACGUGGGAUCAAUUCAGUGGUAUCAAGUUCGUCUCGACUGACUCGUCAGGCAAACUUUAAAUUUGGCUAGUUUUUCCUUUUCGAGUCGUUUUUGUUGUUUGGGAAUAUGUCCUUAAACUGUUUUAAGAUGCGCCUUAAACAAACAUAUUCGCAAUCUCCAUAAUUUUCAUAUUAAUAGAAAGAGGAAAAAGGAGUCGAUAUAUAUUUUUAUCAAA